AUGAAUGAGGCACCCAAAAGAACUCCCUACCUCCAGAUGAUCGACGGCGUCCCCCGGACCCCAUUGGUGAAACCAGAGGUGUAUCGCGAAGCCUCGAGGUUCAAGCCAACUGCCGGCGAUGUGAUCCUUAUCACUCAUCCCAAAUCUGGAACGCACUGGGUAACGCAGAUUGUCCUGCUCAUCCUGAACAAAGGCCAAUCUCCAAGGGACCUCGCAGACCUCGCUAGACAAGCUCCUUUCAUCGAAGUAAACGGAGUUGGGCAUUCCGAGCGACCGCCAAGGCUUCUGCGUACACACUUGCCUUUUGGACGGCUACAAUACAACGAGGAAGCCAGGUACAUCUACGUGGCACGCAACCCUUAUGACACUUGCGUCUCUUUCUACCCUCACGUCAAGGGACUGCCGCAAUUCCGUUUUCAAGAUGGAACCUUUGAAGACUUUGUGGACGCCUUCAUCAAUGGCAGGAUUGGUCACGGAGAUCAGCUGGAACACGUGCUGUCGGGCUACGCAAAAAGACACCAACCGAACGUAUUUUUCCUGACCUACGAGGGGCUGAAGGCAGACACAGCCAGAACUGUACUCGAGCUGGCCAAGUUUCUCGGUGAGCCUUACGCGACUAUGUUCGAAAGAGAAAACUCCCUGAUGGACGAAAUCUUGUUGAAGAGCAGUGUAGGUUACAUGAAGAAAAUGUUGGAGGUCAAUCCCGAGGAGCUCCCCGUGAUUUAUAAUCAUCCUCCUCAGCCUCCAGAUGUGGAAGCUGAAUUGCUGAAGAUAAGGAGCGGACCGAGAGCCGCGUGCAACGUGCGCAACGGAACGUCGGGCGACUGGCGAUCGCAUUUCACGCCGGAACUGCUUGAGCGAAUGGAAGCUUGGAUUGGCGAGAACACUCGAGGCUCAGACCUUAUGGGCCUUUGGGGACGUGAAUUUACGGCAUCAAAACUUACCCAGCCACUUACCUCAGCCGCCUAG